AUCGAUACAGAAAUUUGUUUUACCGGCAGAGAUAGAGUUUUUUUAGCGAGCGAGCGAGGAACGAGUACAAACUGCAGACUGCAGAGGUGAUACUUCGCGCAGGCGAGUCGUCGAAGAUUGGUCGAAGACGUCGCUGUGAUGUGACGUUUCGGCCGUUUCUUCGGUUUCCUCCUUCGUUCCGAGCUCCAGAGCAGGUGUGUCUGUGGUGGUGCGGUGGCUGAACCGUCGUGUGUGCGCCAGAUCCAUCGAUUUAACGGGAACACAAAAUAAGAUGCUACGUCGUCUCUCCGUACGUCACGCGUCCGGCCGUGUCGACAAACCGAUGACACUGAGCGCGAUCGCGAGUAAGAUCGUCGGACGUUAAGACGUUAUGGGAAGAUGUUGAAGCAGCUCGAUUACCUCGACCACUGGGAGCAUGGGUUCGCAAACGUUGGAGAUCCUGAGGCAGGGCGUCUGGGCGAGCCUAACAGGCGGCUGGUUUUACGAUCCACAUCUCGACAUUUUCUCCAACACGUUCCAUCUCUACAUCUGGCUGUUCCUGCUUUGCCUGCCAUUCACGAUCUAUCUGUAUUUCCCUCCUACGUUAUACGUUUGGCUGGCAUACUGUUCAUCAUUCGUCGCUGUUUUUGGAACGAUAAAGUGUGUGAAUCAUGCUCUGCACUGUGUAUAUGAUACCACGGAAUGUCUAGAAGAACCCAAUCAAACUAUCAGUCAGCAGAAGUCAGAGGGCGAGAAGAAAUGGGGGAGCCAUAACAAAUCUAGGGAACAGUCACAAGAUCAAACCAGCCAUGGCAUAGAGCUACAAGUUUUAAAUGGUAAAACGGACACACCACCUGUAGAAUGUUCAUCACGCAACUCAUUUAUUGAACCAAAUAUACAGAAUUCCGAUGCAGAUAGUAUAACGUCUGAAUAUACUCGGGAUAAAGCUAGUUCGACCAUAGAUUUAAAGGUAGAAAUACAUAGGAAAAACAGUUCGGAAAGCUCGGAAGAAGCCCAGCAGCUCAGUAAACCAAUGAUAACCAGCAUCAACGUGCACGAAGCUGAAUUAGUUUCUGCACAAUAUCACGAACCACGUUCUAAGAAUAUCAUAAAUGAAUGGAAACUGAAGAGGCAAAAGUGUGUGGUAAUAGCGGAGGAAGAUCGACCGCGUAAAUUAUGCCGGCAUUCGUCUGAGGAGUCCAGAAAUCGACAUUCGAAGCAAAGCAACCUCGGUAAAACGGGAUCCGAAAGCCAGAUAAAGCAAACCAGUUCGUUGGAAUUGACAAAUCAUCGUCAUAUUGGCGACGAUUAUCCAUACUGGAUGUUAAAUCGGAGCGUUCGCAGACUUAACUCCAAUUCCAUACCGAAAGCACGUUUGACAAAUGAUCAUCCACAGAGUUUAGAAAUCAUAUCAAAAAAGGGAGAUGCAGACAACAAUAAGAUCUCGUCUCAUCCACAAUCGUUAGAGGUUAUUCCCAAGAAACCGCACCAGCAAUUAGUACAUCCGCAAAGUCUUGAAACAAUUGGCGCUACCAGUAAAAAUAUAAGUAACACCGACGACAAUAACCUGCCACUUCAUCCCCAGAGUCUUGAAACAAUUAAUACCAAAAAGGUCUUACCACAAAACACACUGAAGAGAAACCAGCUACAGCUACAGCUCUUACCGUAUCUUAGUUUCGGAUCCGAGAUAGUUUAUCCGAUAGCGGAACAGAGUGACGAACAAUUUGCUAAUGAAAGUUCAGAAGAAUUCAGCCUUUGCGAUUCCUACAGUCCAUUACUAACGCGAAAAAACAUAAAUGAUGCAAGCGCUACGUCUACUCGAGACAGAAGUCUUAGCACUGGCAGGUUUGAAGAUAGAUUCUCAAGGUUUAACGACGACAACGGAAUAGAUAAUAACUCUGCAAAUUCUCGAGAUGCUUUAUUAGAAGAGUCUAAAUCUAGAGGAGUGAAAAGGAAAUACAGCAACGCCAAUCAGAGCAAUCAUGAGUUUUCGGACGGUGAAAAAAGUAAAGAAAAACAGCGAGAUAAAUCGAAAAACACGGAAGAUCCGCUCAACUCAGGGAGCAUAAUCGGAAUAGAUUGGUUAUUCGAGAGCGGAGAUUGUUCGGGGGAGCCGUGGACAAGUAAGAUAUUUUGGACUUUCACUCGCUCUGAUGAUACGGAUACGUCAGAAAGCCUACAGACGGCUAGUACAGAUUAUCUUCAUUCUAAAGAGCCCGAUUCGGGAUCGUCCAGUACAACGACCCUCAGCAUCGAGAACGAGGUAAAGCGGAAUUUGCUGCCGCAACUGGAGGUGGACAACACUACUAAGCGUCACCAGGGAGCGAUUCCCAAACAGAGCCGUCCAAAACCCACCGCGUCGGACGCCGCGGACGACAGUAUCGUGCCAAGCGAAGAGCAGCCACGGGGGAAUCUUAAACGUUACAUCCAAGUGCGACGACAAAGAACCAGAAGGCGAGAUACCAAACUGGAACAAACAAGCGGUUCGAACAAUGAAUUGAGCACGUUGCUGCCGAGCCCGGCGUCUCCAUUACUGGCCGCAUUACUGAACAAUUCCGGUCGGGAUCUGCCUGGUCAGUCAAACACCACGUCGUCCGAUUUACGGCUUAGUCGCAAUUCCGAGAAGCGAACGGCUUUUCGGGCCAGGUAUGGACGACUAAAACGGCAACCCAAUAUAGUUCACCGUGCUAGGUCGCGCAACAUUACCAGUCGCGAUGAUAACGUUGUGCCGUUAACCGCACUGUUCGGUCUGAUCUCGAGUGGUGAAUGUCAUCUAGCCACUAAUCAAAACGAUACUUCGGAAGGAGCGGUGCACUACUUUCGCGACGACAACGGUCAUUGGUUGGCUUACACUUUCGACGAGAAAGGUAUAGACGUGACCGCCGCUGCGGCGGCGGCGACAGCGACGCAAAUACCAACCAAUCCACACAACGAAAAACUGUUAAAUACCUUACUACGUCAACAACUCAACCAGAAUAUACAUUACGAUGCGACUUGGGAACUCGCAGAGUCCCUAAGUAACAGUUAUAGCAGUCUGUCACUCAAUUCUGCAGGUCUGACGGUGAUAAUCGACACGCCACCGGUGCUGUCGAGUCCAGCGAGCAACCAGACCAAGACACAGAGUUCACCACCGUCGAAUUUGAUCUCCUCGAAUACGGGCAGCUCGAAUCAGUGCACACUCGGCGAGAAUUCGGAGCGCGAACAGUUCCAUCACACCCUAAUCACGCAUUCGGAUUCGAUGGCCGACAGGAAUCGUAGACUGCAAAAUCUACUGGGUAAUCUGAAUCUAAAUCAAUAUCAUUCAGAUUUCGGCCGCAUGCCAGUACUGACAUUACCCACGCAGGAACCCGACAUAAACACCAGUCUGUCGUGGAAUCGUUUUGUCGAUGGUUUGGAUGGCUCCGAUUCCAAGCCCACACGAACCACCUUGCUGGCUUUGCUCGAUCGUAAUUUGAUUGUGUUUGAGACCAUCGUUUCCACGUUUCUGGCAGGUGCGGUCGCGGGACUGGGUCUUCUGCUGCUGCAACAGGGCUUCUAUCGGGACAUCUUCGCGUUCAUAUUCUGCUUCGUGACAGCCGGCUGCCAGUAUUCACUGCUCAAGUCAGUUCAACCCGACGCCGCAUCGCCCACACACGGCUUCAAUCGCAUCAUAGUAUUCUCCAGGCCCGCGUACUAUAUUCUAUGCUCGAGUCUCAUUCUGAUUUUCAACGAGGUGCUUAGGAACUUUAAAUCGUCCGAUUUUCGGGUAUAUGGAUUGUGCGUCGCCGAUUACGAUCUCAUACUGCAAAUGCGAAACAUUCUUCUAAUAUUUCUGCUCUGCUUUCCAAUCAUAUUUUCGUUAGGACUCUUCCCGCAGAUCAAUACGUUCCUUAUGUACGUUUGUGAACACCUGGACAUUCAUCUGUUUGGCGGCAACGCGACCACUAGUCUGGUGUCAUCGGUGUACUGUCUGUGUCGCAGCGUCAUCGCAAUUCUUAUUCUCUACGGAUUUGCCUACGGCGCCCUUCUCGAACCCAAAUCCUCGCAGCACAUCCUAUUUUCUAUAUUCAUCGGUCUACUCGUCGCGAUAUCCUAUCAUCUAAGUCGAUCGUCUUCGGAUCCCACUGUGAUUUGGGACAUCCUCAAGACGAAUCUGUGGCCCUUAGAGAUAGGAGAUAGAUACACGGAGGAGAAGGAGGCCAAAAUCAUCGAAAACACGUCGUCGUCACAGACACCUGCAGGUGUGAGUUUCAAAGUGGCUAAGAGCAAAUCGACUGGCAAGAAGAAAGCCGUGAAGAUCAAGGUGAGCGAGCAAAUGUCAGACACUGAGCUGGUGGACCCUUUGCCGGAGAAGUUACGCUCGACUGUGAAUUCUAGAUUGAAGAACGACCUGAUUGUGUGCACGGUGAUCGGCACUCUAUCUUUCGGAAUUCAUCGUACGACGGUGUUCACCGCUCUGCAACCGGAACUCAACCCGGUGUUGUGGAGUAUCGUGAGCUGCCUUGGCUUUCUUCUGCAUUACAUCGUGCCGCAACUACGUAAGCAGCUACCGUGGCUGUGCCUUUCAAGACCAGUGUUACGUAGCCAUGAGCACGCACAAUUCGAAGUACGCGAACCGGUGAGGAUCAUGUGGUUCGAGAAGGCUUAUGUAUGCCUGUGCUUUCUCGAGCGGAACGUGCUCUAUCCAGUCGUCUUUCUAGGCGCACUCACGGAAUGUUCGUCGAAGAUUGCCGACAAGUUUGGCGAGAGUGUAGGUGCGCUCAUCAUUGUUGUAUGCGGCCUCAAGUCUCUCAGGUCGGCGUACUCUGACCCAUCCACCCGUUACCUCGUCCUCAUCUUCGCCGUGCUCUUCUUCCAACUCGACUUCAGAAACUUAAGCGAAACCUUCCUGAUGGAUUACUUCGUCACGGGGAUCGCGUUCGCUAAGAUCUACGAGCUGCUACUCAAGAUCCGCUUUGUCGUUACGUACAUCGCGCCCUGGCAGAUCACCUGGGGCAGCGCGUUCCAUGCGUUCGCCCAGCCCUUCUCCGUGCCGCAUUCGGCGAUGCUCUUCCUCCAGGCCGGGAUCUCGGCUAUGCUCAGCACGCCCCUGAAUCCCUUACUCGGCAGCGCGAUCUUCAUCUCAUCCUACGUGCGACCCGUCAAGUUUUGGGAAAGAGACUACAAGACUAGAAGAGUGGACCAUUCAAACACGCGUAUGUCCUCGCAUCUGGAACGCAAUCUGGGUGCCGACGACAACAAUCUGAAUUCAAUAUUUUAUGAGCAACUCACGCGCUCUCUUCAACACAGCCUGUGCGGCGAUCUCGCUCUCGGCCGAUGGGGAAACGUGGAGCAAGGCGAUUGUUUCCUGCUCGCGUCGGAUUACUUGAACUGCUUGGUACACAUAGUCCAAUUAGGUAACGGACUGGUGACGUUUCAAUUGAGAGGUCUUGAAUUCCGAGGAACAUAUUGCCAGCAAAGAGAGGUGGAAGCAAUCUCAGAAGGUAUCGAGAAUAAUGACAAUUGCUGCUGCUGCGAAAUGGGCCAUAUAUCGAAUGUACUUAGCGUGAACGCAGCCUUUAGCCAACGUUGGCUCGCUUGGGAAGUUGCCAGCGCCAAAUAUGUUCUAGAAGGUUACUCGAUCUCCGAUAACUCGGCAGGUUCUAUGCUACAGGUGUUCGAGUUUCGCAAAGUACUGGUUACUUACUAUGUCAAAAGUAUCAUCUUUUACGCCGUGAAAUCGCCCAAAUUGAAGCAGUGGUUAGAAAAUCCGGACAUCAUUCACGCGCUGAAACCUACGCUCGACAAGAACUUCGUCGACCUCGAUCCCGUCUUCAAUGUAAAAAUCGACGAGGAUUUUGAUUUCCGAGCGAGCGGCAUCACGCGGAGCAACUUCUGCAAUGUUUACCUCGACUGGAUACAAUAUUGCGCUGGUAAACAAGAUAAGUCGUUGGAUAGAACACGCGAUUCGUAUCUCGUGUCUCUGUGCCUCUCAUUAAGUCUAUUGGGAAGACGCGUGUUAGGUGCUGCGUCUCAUAACACAUUAUCAAACGUUGAAUUUUUUCUCUAUGGAUUGCACGCGUUAUUUAAAGGAGAUUUCCGGAUAACAUCAUUUCGCGAUGAAUGGGUGCUGCUUGAUGUCGAUCUCCUGCGCAGUGUAGUCGCGAAGGGAAUAAGAAUGGCCUUAAAACUACACCAGGACCACUUUAUGAGUCCAGAACAGUACGUCGAAUCAGUGGCGCUCUACGAAGCCAUCGACAAUCAUGAUCAGAAUCUCGUUAUCAGUCACGAGGCGGAUCCACUUUGGAGAAAUGCUGUAUUAAGUGGAGCACCCAGUCUGCUAGCACUCAGACAUGUGCUUGAUGACGGCAUAGACGAGUACAAAGUGAUAAUGCUCAACAAGCGUUAUUUGAGCUUCCGAGUGAUCAAAAUGAACCGCGAAUGCGUCCGUGGACUUUGGGCCGGCCAGCAACAGGAGCUGGUGUAUCUGAGGAACAGAAAUCCGGAGCGCGGCUCGAUACAGAACGCUAAACAAGCUCUGAGAAAUAUAAUCAACAGUUCUUGUGACCAACCGAUCGGGUAUCCGAUUUACGUUUCUCCUUUGACGACCAGCUAUGCUGAGACUAACGAACAUUUAUGCUCGAUAAUCGGAGGACCAUUGACUUUCGGUACUAUAAAAAGUACUGUGUUGAAACUAUGGAGAAGAAUAAGAAGAAGAUGUGGUCAAGGUUGUUCCUCGGGCGGUACUGGUUCCCAAGAUGAUGGAGGCUUCGGAAAUGAUGGAGUGUACGCGAUGACUACAUACAACAUACAUUCUGGCUAUGCUCAAUCGGGUCACAACACUUCUGGUUCUCAAUCAAUGGAGUCUGGCUGUCAAAUCGGCGGUUCGACUGGUCGGGGUUCCCUCGGUCGUGCAAAUACGGGUUCUCUCGGUGGUAACAGAGGCUCGCUAGCUUCCGUCGGGAAGCCAACCAGCUCGACACUCGCCAGUUUGGCCGGACUUCUCAGUAAUAAUGAUAUUAAAAUGGAGACGAAGAGCGAGACGAGUUUCUCCAGCAAGCUAGAAAAAGAAGAAGUUUUUCAAAGAGUUCGUAUUAUGGACCCUAAUCAAGUAUACGAUGCCAUCAAUUUGGGUCGACGUAUAGAUGUGAUUUGGCCGGACGAAAGGAUGCGACAGCAAGGUGGUCGUUCUGGCUGGCAACAUUGGGUACCAGAGAGAGGCAUGGAGGGUUGCGUAGUUCAUCGUUGGUCGCCGAAUCAUCGCGACCCCAAUCGGCGAUCGCACGUCGACAAAGUCAUCCUACUCGUGAAGAUCGAGGACAAGUAUGUGCCGAUAGCCGAGCAAGGCGUACGCGAUCUAGGAGCGGAGGUUUAGCAUAACAUCUCCGGAACGCGUCAACGUACAGUCAUCGUUUUUGUACACUUGUUCUAUCGACCUGCAGACUUGCGGACGUAUCCCAUAAGUAUCAACUGCUGGCCACCAACGGUCCGACUCGAAGGUCUCGCCUGGUAUCAACAAGACGCGAAAGCGUGGAAAUUAAUUUCUAACGCGAACAAAUGUAUCAUACUGACAAUGUCGAACGCUAGUUACCUACUUCCACGAAGUCAAUACUCGCCAUUAGAUCGUAAAUUGAAGGACUCGGAUCAACGACAUGCUCAAUCACAUGAGAUCCUUAACUUAUUUCGAUUGACAAGUUUCACUGUGGUUACAUUCGCAACGUUCAGCAUCUCGUUUCUCUUUUUUUCUUUUCAGGGUAUCGAAGAAUUUGCGAUAAUUUUCACUUGUUUCACUAUAGGAUCCGUGAAACUUCCUCCGUGUCUUUCUUCUAGCAUGUCGCCACAAACCCCUUCAAUUUGGUCUCAUUUUUAUUGAUAUUGUACUUAGAAGUUUUGCAGAUACGAUUCGAUAAUAUUCCUCGUCAGAUUCAAUGUCCUGUUCUUUUCAUCUUGAUCGUCAUUGAAUCGCUAAAGUUUCAGACAUUUCGAUGCAAAACUCAAAUACUAUGUUGCAAGAAUUGUAGAGACUGUACAGAGAGAGGAGACAGAGAGAUAUAUAAAAAUAUUUUGUCACCUUGUAAGUACCAUGGAUACAUAUAUUGUUAUUUCUCACGAAUUGCAUGAGAAGAUAAAAUGCCAAUCGCCAAGUUAUUCAAUGCAAUCCGAAUUGUAUCAUGUUGUACCAUAUAUACUGUAUAUUAAAAUAUGAUAUAUUAGUUCAUUUAUGGGACAGAGCAGAUGUUACUUGUUGCCCAAUAUAUCUAGAUUAUUUACUAUCGGUUAAUAGAGAAAAGGUAGCGUCCGGGCGCAUUUCUCUUCCACUAAUCUGAUGUAAAUGCGAUAUAUAUUUUUUGGUGGUGAAAGAAAGGAUAAAAGAAAAGACGAAUUACAAAAUAGAAGUAUAUUAUUUAUGGAUAUGUAAUAAUGUAUCAUAUAGACGAAAGGGAACCUCUUUAAAUGUAUUAUUGUUGCAUAGCAGAUACAACAAGUGGCAUCAAUAGGAUUAAUUGUAUAUAAAAGUGUCAUUCGUGUUUUUCUACAUUUUGUUACGAUUCUCUUUUUUAACAAGUAAGAGCAUUGUAGAUAUAUAAAUUGUAUAUACGUCGUUAUACGUCGUUCAACGCCGCAUUGUCGCAGACUUCAAAGCGUCCAGGAUCUAUUCUACUUGAGUAUAUAAUUUUGUGGGGUCACGAAGUCACUCUAGUAGGACUUAUCGGCCUGAACUGAAAUAGCAGUGUCAUCUCGUUCAUUUCCACGCCCGUGCCCAUGUACAAAAACUCUCGAACUUGUGCUUGGCAUUACUUAAGUACUCGCAGGAUUGUUAGUCGACGGUGCAUUUACGUCCGAUAUCUUAUGGAUAUCUUCUUAGAUAUUAUAUAUUGAGGAUAUCGUAUAUUGAGUGCACUGAUGUAAUGCCCUAUCGGGCAACAAAGUGUAUGUAACGUUAUCCUUAAGAGAAAGUUACGAAUCGUUUCCUUUUUUUUUCUUUUAAUUUUGUAUAUAAUCUCUGUAAAUCAAUUUCUGCUUCAAUUGUUUCCUUACAAAUGUUAUAUACGAGUUAGAGACGUAGAUACUGGUUAUUUAAAUGAUAAACGCAGGGUUGCUUGCAAAAAAUAUGCGUAAAUCUGAAACACUUAACUCGUUCGUUCGUUACCGUGUAGAAAAAAAAUAUAUAUGUAUAUGUAUAUGCGUAAGAUAUAUAAAUAUCCAUAUAUAUUUAGUAAAUAGAAAAGAGUAAUAGUUUUUUGCAAGUGACCACAGAAUCACAGCAUUGCCUUAUCAUGGUGUCUUAAAAAGCACCUGACUGAUAAUGAAAAAGAUUAUAGCUAGUCUUUUAAUUGUUGGUAACACAUUUAUGUAUCGCUUGCUGCCGAAAGACGCAAGGGAGUGGGAAGGGAGGAAAGGGUGCUCUUUCACCAGAGAGUUAUGUGAAGUAAUCUAUUAUAAUCUCUGGCCUACUAUAUCUUUAAUGGACAGUACUUUCGUACAAUGAUUGUACACAAUGAUCAAUAAUAAACGAGAAAUUGAAAUCUGAUUAGAUAAUGAUUUAUCUCGGCUGCACUGCCACGAAGAUACACACGUGAUUUACGUAGCUGUUAAAGUAACUGUCCUCUAGCCUCGAAUAACUUACCGAAAUUAAUAUAUACAUUUUGUACAAUUUAAGAUAUUAG